UCGAUGCUGCGUUUGCUGAUCUUCGCUACGGCAUUGUUUUUGCCGACAACGAAGGCAAAGAUAUACAAAAAGUGUGAGCUUGCCAAGGAACUGCUGCACGUUCAUGGAUUUCCACGGGAAGGAAUAGCGGACUGGGUGUGUCUUGCUCAACAUGAGAGCCUCAUGAACACUUCCAUCGUGGGGAGAAUGAAUGGAGAUCACAGCGCUGAUCACGGACUCUUUCAGAUCAACGAUCGCUACUGGUGCAGUCCUCCUGGUCCUCACAAUGAGUGCAAGAUGAAGUGUACAGACUUAGAAGACGACAACAUCACGGAUGACGUUGAAUGUGUCCGAAUCAUCUAUGCGCGUCACGGAUUCAGGGCCUGGACCGCUUGGAGUGUGCACUGCAAAGGAAAAGAUUUGAGUAGCUAUAUCGCCGGAUGCAACCUCAGCAAAGAUGGACAUGCGUCGUCGAACACCACGACUACGAGUACUACUACGAGUACCACUACGAGUACUACCACUACGAGCACUACUACGGCGGCCACAACUGCGACAUCUUCGUUGAACACAAGCAAACCGACAAAGAAAUCUGUGUCACCGGCCUGCACUAGGGCACACAGCAAGGGCAAGAAGACAAAAAUGUCACAGUUUGCAACGAUAAACGGCAGACGAUUUGCAUAGUAAAUGUCGUGGUGUAGCAGCCGCAUUCUAAAGCGUGACA